CAACACUCUAAACCAAGUGCCAAACCCACAAUGUCUCAAACAAACAUUCCCUACCCCUUCACAUUCACCAACCCAGUCCCAGCCCAAUCUACAAACGGGACAACCCGAGCCCUACCCCUCACCAUCCCCAAUGUCCGCGGCACGAUCCCCUCCCUCCAAACAUCGCGUCUUCGCACAAUGAUGCUGUUAGCGCGUGACGAUCCCUCCAAGAUCCUGGCCUUCCCGUGUAGCUACGACGGGCUGUCGUCGCGGCUUGUCGAGGAGGCGGGCUUCCCGAUGUUGUUCUUAUCCGGCUUCGCCGUGUCGAGUUCAUACGGGCUGCCUGAUACGGGGUAUAUCGCUCUGGAGGAGAUGUGCGGGAAGGUCCAGGAGACGGUGAGGGUGACUAGUCUCCCUGUGAUGGUCGAUGGGGACACGGGGUAUGGGAGUCCGAUGAAUGUGCGGCGGACGGUGGAGGCGUUUGCUGCUGCUGGGGCAGCGGGGGUGAUGAUUGAAGAUCAGACAUGGCCGAAGCGAUGUGGUCAUACGAAGGGGAAAUCCGUUGUUUCGCGCGGCGAAGCCUACGCUCGGAUCCAAGCAGCCUGCGACGCCCGGAAUGAAGGACGGGAUAUUUUCAUUCUGGCUAGGACGGAUGCCUUGAUCCUCGGAUGGGAGGAGGCGAUGACGCGGGCAAAGGAGUUCAAGAGACUAGGGGCCGAUGCGGUGUUUGUGGAAGCCUUGCCGGAUAGGGAGGCGAUGCAGCGCUGCGUUGCGGAGUUGGAUAUGCCCAUGCUGGCUAAUAUUAUUGAAGGGGGCAAAACGGAGAAUCUCUCUGCGAAGGACCUGGCUCAAAUGGGUUUCGCGGCCGUGGCAUACCCGUGGACAUUGGUUGCGGCGAGGUUGAAGAGUAUUCGGGAUGCGCUGGAAGGAUUGAAACAGAGCAUGUUUGAGGGUACGGCACCGCCUAUGAUUCUGGGAUACUCGGAAGUGUGCGAGGGAGUUGGAUUUAAUCGAUACUGGGUAUGUUUGGACAUGGAUCGUUGAUCAUGCUCAUUACUAACGUUUGAAUAGGAUCAAGAGACACGGUACGAAUAUGGUCAAAACGGACCAAAAACGUCACUAUAUGGCAGCAAAGGUCACUCUGAAACCAGAAAUCAAACAUAACACAUAUAAGAGUGAUUUAACCACUCUCUUAAUCGAAUGAGGGCAGUAGCAACUUGGUAAUUGAUUGAAAAAAAAAUGGGGCACAGCGAAUCACCU